AUGGCGGUGCUCCUUUCCCCCCUUCCUCCUCCUUCCCUCCCUGCGAGUGGCCCAGAAGGGCUCUGCCUUCCUCCAUGGGGGCCGCGCAGAGGGCCGUCCGGGGCCUGGUGGCCGUGCUGGGCUGCACGGGCCUUGGGGUGCUGCUCUGGGCCGCCGUGGCGCCGGACGAGGAGCGCAGGAAGGAGAUGGCCAAGGAGCACCCUAAAUCCAGCCCUGAGCAGCGGACCGAAAGGCAACAACAGAACGCAAUAGUGAUGGCGGCCAUUAAACAGGCAGCGGAGACCAAUGAGAACGUGGCCAGGAAAGAGUGGCCCUGGAGCAAAUAGCAAAGAUAGAAGAGCCUGCUCUUGCUAGGUCUUAUCUGUUGGGGUAUUGUAGUGAUUAUAGACCCAGUUGGGAGGCUGAAGAAGGAUGAGAAAUGAGCAGCCGAUGCCACUGACGCCACCUAACCUUUUCCAGACUCAGCGUCAUUUGAUAUGAUGGACAAUAAAAGUCAAAAGGUGAAGAUGCCCUUCACAGCCCAGCAAUUUUAAGCCUGGCUGAAGUGCCACUAUUUUCUGACUUUCUUCAAUACCAACAUUGUUGGUAGAGGCUGUGGUGUAUAUUGUACCUACGAUGUAUGGGAAGUCUACAUCCUUGUGCAAUAAAACAUGUAAAAAGUAAA